UCACCUCGCCAAUGCGUGGCAUUCUUUAUCUAGGGCUCUUAUCCAGUUAUCUUAUAUUUGUCAUGAUAAAGCAGCGACUAGGUGAUGAUACUCAGGUACCUCGACGUUCACGAUUGACUAAUUACGUUUUUGUCUGCUCGCGCUCUCAAAAUAGCGUCUCAUUCAUCGAUAAGACGUGAAUUUGUGCCGGAGGAUAUCUUCCGUGAGGUGACAAAAAGAUGGUCGCCAAGAGUUCUGGACCGCUGCUGGAGAAGCAGAUCGGUUGCAUCAAAUUUACGAUUUUUUGCUUGAACGCAAUAAUAUGGAUCCUGGGUUGUGCAAUGUUCGGGCUAUCGAUAUGGAUGAGAUUUGAACCAAUGUUCGAGGAAUGGGUGGAAUUUCUGGACAUGUACGAAUUCUACAUUGGAAUUUAUGUGCUAAUUGCAACUUCGGUGUUCGUCAUGGCCGUUGCCUUUAUUGGCUGCGGUGCUGCUCUUAUGGAGCAUACACUGGCUUUAUACAUUCACGUGGGCCUUCAAAUAUUUAGUUUUAUCUGCGGUUUAGCUGGGGCGGCGGUAAUUCUUGACUAUUCAACGUACGACAGCAAGAUUCAACCUAUCAUUGAACGAUCUAUGUAUAAUCUUAUCAGUAAUUCCCACCAAGAAGCGCCAAGCUUUAUCCUAAGAAUAAUUCAGGAAACUGUCGGAUGCUGCGGAGCUGACGGACCCAGGGAUUAUACACGGCUGCAUAAACCGUUGCCCACUGAAUGUAGGGAUACUGUCACCGGAAAUGCUUUCCAUCACGGCUGCGUGGAGGAACUGUCCUGGUUCCUGGAAGCGAGAUCAGGAUGGCUCGCUGGUCUGGCGAUGGCGUUGUGCAUGCUUCACGUGAUUAUAGCUGUAUUAACAUUGACGCUUGUUCGAGCGAUCAAGAAAGAAGAGGAAUCCAUUUCAUUCAAGCGUUAGAUGUUAAUUCAUUGAUAUACGAGAUGCGGCAGUAAAAUUAUUAAAAUGAUUUUUCAUAAGAAAAAAUUGAAUAUAUUCUGUGUUGAAUUGCAAAUUUUUCAUCGAGCUUACAUUUAUUUCGAGAAUAACAUUCAUCUCAAAUAUAGCGAAUAUAUGUACGUAGGUUCUGGUAUGCUUUUAAUUUUUUUAAUUUUUAGA